AUGGCACAAAUCUUCACUUCACUUUCCCUUUUCGGAAUUCCCCUAAUCCUAACCCUAACCCUAACCCUAAUUCAUGCUAAUUCUGAAGGAGACGCUCUUUACACACUCAAACGAAGCCUCACCGACCCUGAUAACAUCCUCCAGAGCUGGGAUCCGACCCUAGUCAGUCCUUGUACUUGGUUCCAUGUCACCUGUAACCAAGACAAUCGGGUCACUCGAGUGGAUCUUGGUAAUUCUAACCUAUCUGGACAGUUGGUACCUGAACUCGGGAAGCUAGAGCAUCUGCAGUACCUUGAGCUAUACAAAAAUAACAUUCAAGGAACUAUUCCUCCAGAGCUUGGAAACCUGAAGAGUCUUGUUAGCUUGGACUUGUAUAACAACAACAUGUCGGGAACCAUCCCACCUUCAUUGGGGAAAUUGAAGAAUCUCGUCUUUUUGCGACUUAAUGAUAACCUACUAACUGGCCCAAUUCCUAGGGAACUCAUUGCUAUUUCAAGCCUUAAAGUAGUGGAUGUCUCCACCAAUAACUUAUGUGGUACAAUUCCUACCUCUGGGCCAUUCGAGCAUAUUCCAUUGAAUAACUUUGAGAAUAACCCUCGAUUGGAAGGUCCAGAGUUGCUUGGACUUGUAAGUUAUGACACAAACUGCUCGUGA